AUGUUUCAGCGUGGGUUCGAGACUCGCUCGGUGGAAAACGACGAUCGAGCCCCGGUUUCAGCAAUCUUCACCGCGGCGCUGACGAAAGGAAGAGGCGGCGGAGCUCAAUUUGAAGCGAGGCGACGCGUGCUGGAGAGAGAAAAGAAAGACCAGAGGAACGCGCUCGUGCUUGACGAUGUGGAAGAACUUGGACUUUCUAGCUUCACGCCCAAGAGAAGCUGCGCAAUGUAAAUAAUAUUCUCCGGGUGACCGGAGGAUAUAAGAGAGCCCAGCGGCUAUGCAGGUAGGCUUCUUGCUUUCAACGUACUGUAAAGCUACAUGGAGAAUCUACAGACCGGAACAUUAUUCUCCGGAUGACCGGGGGAUAUGGGAGAGCCCAGCGGCUAUGCUGGUGGGCUUCAUGCUUUCAAAGUACUAUGAAGCUACAUGG